AUGCGCGGAUAUCAGGGUGUCCUCUCUUGGUCCGUCCUGUUGGCUGCCAUAGGGGGAGCACAGGCAAAGCUUGACUUAGACUCAACUACGAAUUUAGUUGUCUACUGGGGCCAGAACUCAUUCAAUGGCAAAGGUGAUAAGCUUCAGCAGCCCUUGUCACACUACUGCGAUGACAAGGAUAUCGAUGUAAUCCCCAUGGCUUUCAACAUGAUGGUAAAUGGCCCUGGAGGCGCACCAGAGAUCGACUUUGCUGUGACCAGUAAAGAUUGUGAUGUGUUCCCAGGCACAAAGUUGAAAAACUGCCCUAGCAUUGGUAAGGACAUCGCAGAAUGCCAGAAGAAGGGCAAAACGAUCCUGCUCUCCAUUGGCGGUGCCACAUAUAGCGAAGGUGGUUUCAAAGACGAGGAAGCGGCCAAAGAGGGAGCAAACCUCAUGUGGGAAACCUUUGGUCCGAAGCAAAAAGGAUCCAAGGCACUUCGUCCCUUUGGUGACACUGCUCUCGAUGGCUUCGACUUUGACUUCGAGGCCAGCGUGGAGCACAUGGCCCCUUUUGCCAACGAGCUACGCUCUCUGAUGGAUGCCGAUAAGAGCAAGCAGCGAUUCUACCUGACUGCGGCGCCCCAGUGCCCUUACCCAGACCAGGCUGACAAGGACAUCCUCAACGGUCCUGUUUACAUCGAUGCUAUUUGGGUGCAGUUCUAUAACAACUUCUGUGGCGUCGACAACUUUAACACCGAUAUGUCAAGCAACAAGUACAACUUCGAAGAAUGGGACAACUGGGCCAAGACAGUCUCCAAGAACAAGAAUGUCAAGGUCAUUCUUGGUGUUCCUGCCGACACCACCGCCGCCAGCACGGGAUACAUCCCUUCGUCCAAGCUGGAUAAUGUGAUUGAGUACUCGAAGAAGUUCGAGAGCUUUGGAGGAGUUAUGAUGUGGGAUGCCACGCAGGCGUACGGCAAUGAUGGGUUCAUUAGGGACGUACGGAAAAGCCUGGGAGGCGCUGAUGAUUCCGAUUCCGACAUCGUCAUCUUCCAAUGCACCCGAUUCCUCACUCUCGUCUUCCUCCUCCUCAUCUGCUUCUGCUUCGCCCAAGGCACCUGA